AUGGGGGCCUGGGACCCGGAAGUGGCGCCCUGGGCUCGCGGCGGCGCCGCGGGGAUGGCGGGAGCCGGAGCGGGUGCGGGAGCGGGAGCUCGCGGCGGCGGCGCGGCGGCGGGGGUGGAGGCCCGGGCGCGGGAUCCGCCGCCCGCAGCGCGCGCCCAGCAGCCGCCGCGCCACCGCCGCCCUGCGGCGCAGCCCUCGGCCCGGAGGAUGGACGGCGCGGCGGGGGGCGCGGGCCCGGGCGACAGCGCGCCGACCACCGAGGCCCUGUUCGUGGCGCUGGGCGCGGGCGUGACGGCCCUCAGCCACCCGCUGCUCUACGUCAAGCUGCUCAUCCAGGUGGGCCAUGAGCCAAUGCCCCCCACUAUCGGGACCAAUGUGCUGGGGAGGAAGGUCCUCUACCUGCCCAGCUUCUUCACCUACGCCAAGUACAUCGUGCAAGUGGACGGGAAGAUUGGACUGUUCCGGGGCCUGAGUCCCCGGCUAAUGUCCAACGCCCUCUCCACGGUCACCCGGGGCAGCAUGAAGAAGGUGUUUCCCCCAGACGAGAUGGAGCAGGUUUCCAACAAGGAUGACAUGAAGACUUCGCUGAGGAAAGUGGUGAAGGAGACCUCCUAUGAGAUGAUGAUGCAGUGUGUGUCCCGCAUGUUGGCGCACCCCCUGCACGUCAUCUCUAUGCGCUGCAUGGUCCAGUUUGUGGGACGGGAGGCCAAGUACAGUGGCGUGCUGAGUUCCAUUGGGAAGAUUUUUAAAGAGGAAGGGCUGCUGGGAUUCUUCGUAGGCUUAAUCCCGCACCUCCUGGGAGAUGUGGUUUUCUUGUGGGGCUGUAACCUGCUAGCCCACUUCAUCAAUGCCUACCUGGUGGAUGACAGCGUGAGUGACACCCCAGGGGGGCUGGGAAACGACCAGAAUCCAGGUUCCCAGUUCAGCCAAGCCCUGGCCAUCCGGAGUUACACCAAAUUUGUGAUGGGGAUCGCAGUGAGCAUGCUCACCUAUCCCUUCCUGCUGGUCGGUGAUCUCAUGGCUGUGAACAACUGUGGGCUGCAGGCUGGACUCCCCCCUUACUCCCCAGUGUUCAAGUCCUGGAUCCACUGCUGGAAGUACCUGAGUAUGCAGGGCCAGCUCUUCCGCGGCUCCAGCCUGCUGUUCCGCCGGGUGUCGUCGGCAUCGUGCCUUGCCCUGGAGUAACGAGAAUCACCAAGAAAUCUGCUCUCAGCCUGCCCCCCUGGGGUUGAAGCCUGAUCAUCUCGGGGCACCUGCCAGAUUCCAGCUCAGCCUCACCCAGUUGUGCCCCAGCCCAGCUGGGCUUUAGUUCCCAUAUUUGCCAUGUGUCUGUCCAGAUGUGGGGGUGGGUGGGAGUGGGCCCAGUGGGUCACUGGUUAGGUCUGGGGACAGCAGUGGGGCUGGGGAAUUGGGUACAGUUUCCUUCUUGCCCAGAGGAGUCAGGUCUGCCUUGUGCAGAGGGCCGGAGCAGCUGACAGUGGCCCAGGUGGGCUGGGGCAGGGUUCCUGGGGCAGAUUCACACACACACCCCCACGCCCCUGUGUGUAUCAGCCCAGUUCUCAUCUUGUAGCUCUGGGCCCACUUUGUAAAUAGGGCCCCGCCCACCUUGGGUCCAAGAAUCCAGGAGCUAUUACAGGUUCCACCUUCCGUUUUCUCAACACUACUUUCCUGCUCCGAAGGUGCCACCUUUCGAAUGGGAAAUCGUGGAACUCUGCGGAACGUGUCCGUGUCCCCCUCAUCAAGUGCUUGUCAGUGUCUCGGUGGCACCUCCUAUGCAGGAUGCGGUUCCCUGUACGCAGUGAGCACCCCUAGUUAAGCAGAUCGGUGUGUCUCAUCUUCUGCAGUUUCAAAGUUCCCUCAAAUAAAUGUAUUGGUGGUAAUUUGGAA